UUUCUGUUCCCUCCGGCCCCUCGGGGUAGGAGAGUUUCGUUUCCCCGCGGCCUGGCCUGACUGGAGCGGAGGGCGGAGCACACACACCACUUAAAGCCGGAGAGUGGUGAGGGUGCCGCACUCGCGGCAGUGAGGAGACGGGAGGCGUAGAAGAACAGCUCCGCAUUUCUGUCCAACUCAUCAAGUAAAAGGAAGGUAUACUGCGGCUGAACAGAUACAGGAAGAAGAUGGUUCGUUCUGAAGAGGAAAUUGCAAAACCUGAUUCAGCCUCUGCAUCAGAUCAUCAGUCACCAAAUAGAAAUGAUGAUAUGCUAGUGGAAACUCUGAAAAAAGGGCCCGAGUACAGCCUGACCAGCCAGUAUGAGGAGAAGGUGCGUCCCUGCCUCGACCUCAUCGACUCGCUGCGGGCCCUGGGCGUGGAGCAGGACCUGGCCCUGCCUGCCAUCGCGGUCAUCGGGGACCAGAGCUCGGGCAAGAGCUCCGUGCUGGAGGCGCUGUCGGGCGUCGCCCUUCCCAGGGGCAGCGGUAUUGUUACAAGAUGUCCUCUGGUGCUGAAACUGAGAAAACUUGGGAAUGAAGAAGAGUGGAAGGGCAAAGUCAGUUACAAGGAUGUGGAGCUUGAGAUUCCAACUGCUUCAGAAGUAGAAAAGGAAAUCAGGAAAGCCCAGAAUGCCAUUGCUGGGGAAGGAAUGGGAAUCAGUCAUGAGCUAAUUAGUCUGGAGAUCAGCUCCCCUCAUGUCCCAGAUCUGACCCUGAUCGACCUUCCUGGUAUCACCAGGGUGCCUGUGGGCAAUCAGCCAGCUGACAUCGGACGUCAGAUCACAACACUCAUCAAGAAAUACAUCUUUAGGCAGGAGACAAUCAACUUGGUGGUGGUGCCCAGUAACGUGGACAUUGCCACCACAGAGGCACUGAGCAUGGCCCAGGAGGUGGACCCUGAAGGAGACAGGACCAUAGGAAUCCUGACGAAGCCCGACCUGGUGGACAAAGGCACUGAAGACAAGGUGGUGGACGUGGUGCGAAACCUGGUCUGCAACCUGAAAAAGGGUUACAUGAUUGUCAAGUGCCGGGGCCAGCAGGACAUCCAGAACCAGAUGAGUCUCACCGAGGCUCUGGACAGAGAGAAGAUCUUCUUCGAGGACCAUCCACAUUUCAGGGUUCUCCUGGAGGAGGAAAAGGCCACGAUCCCCUGCCUGGCAAACAGACUGACCACCGAGCUCAUCGCGCACAUCUGCAAAUCUCUGCCCCGGUUAGAAGCUCAAAUAAAGGAGGCUCAACAGCAAAUAACAGAAGAGUUACGUAACUGUGGCACAGACAUACCAGAAGGCGAAAGCGAGAAACUGUUCUUUCUGAUAGAUAAAAUUAAUGGAUUUAAUCAGGACAUCCGUGCUUUAAUAGAAGGGGAAGAACCUGUGAAGGAGAACGAAACUCGGCUGUUUACCAAAAUCCGACAAGAGUUCUACAAAUGGAGUACUGUGAUUGAAAAUAAUUUUCAGAAAGGUCACGAAGCUAUAUGUAGGCAGAUCUGGAAAUUUGAAAAUCAGUAUCGUGGCAGAGAGCUGCCAGGAUUUGUGAACUAUAAGACAUUUGAGAACAUCAUAAAAGAGCAAAUCAAAAUGUUGGAGGAGCCCGCUCUGGAUAUGCUGGUCACAGUAACUGAUAUAGUCCGGCUUGCCUUCACCGAUGUUUCCCAGAAAAAUUACCAGGAAUUUCUCAACCUUCACAGAACCUCCAAGUCAAAAAUUGAAGACAUUAAACUGGAACAAGAAAAAGAAGCUGAGAAGCUCAUCCGGCUUCACUUCCAAAUGGAGCAGAUUGUCUACUGCCAAGACAAAGUGUAUCGGAGUUCAUUACAGAAGAUCAGAGAGAAGGAAGCAGAAGAAGAUAAGAAGAAGAAUAAGCCAAGUGGGCCAUUCCUUCAGCAAAAUUCUCUGAAUGACACCAUAGCUGAAAUCUUUCAACAUCUGAUGGCCUACCGCGAGGAGGCCACCAACCGCCUGUCCAGCCACAUUCCUCUGAUUGUCCAGUUCUUCAUUCUCCGGUCGUACGGCCAGCAGCUACAGAAGGCCAUGCUCCAGCUGCUGCAGGACAAGGACCAGUACAGCUGGCUCCUGAAGGAACGCAGUGACACCAGCGACAAGAGGAAGUUCCUGAAGGAGCGGCACGCGCGGCUGACGCAAGCUCGGCACCGGCUAGCCAAAUUCCCCGGUUAAGUCGGGCUCUGUCUGGCCCGUGCCUGCAUGGCACGUGCAGGGAGUGAGGGCCCGGCACCUCCCCCACAACUGUGCAUGCGUUAGUUCCCCAUUUCACAGAGGGGUUGGCGGUCGCCAUGCUGGUCUCUUAUGGGCGAUGGACCCUGUGUGAAGCUGUGGUGAGCACUUGGGUUUCAAGCAUUGAGACUCCAGGCCCAUCCUUGUGAAGGAUGUGGGUUAGGUGGGAUGGAUGAUGCCAUCUUCCCGGUUAGGAAAAACGACGACCCCCUCACAUAGUUACUGCUCCCCAAACUCCCUCCUGCCUUUAUCGUAGACCCACGCUCAUGAGCGUUGUAGGGAGCUGUUUCCUGGUUUUUCUCGACAACCUUUCACGCACCCAAUGUUGUAGGAUCAUUAGUGGCCAUGCCGUAGAAAUCACACCUCACUGAUUUGUAAUAAACUCUUUGGUAACAGA